CUCUGUUAUACGGUUCUCAGUGGCUACAAUGUGGCAUUAUACGGAAGUUGUAACGAGCAUCGCUUGACUGCCAUGCCCAGUUGCCAAUUGUAUCCAGUUUUUGAGUAGAUCCGCCAAUCAGCUUAAAGGGGCGGGAAGUGUCAUUCUCUAUCAGUGUUUGUAACGCCGAUAUUUUUUACACUUGGGUGUACACAUUGAAAGGAGAGUAUUCAGCAACCAUGUCGUGUCCAGGGAUUAAAGACACUAAAGGAAGCUUGGAAAAAGACAGCAAAACAUCACAGAGGACAGGUCCUAGUGAGAACCUUACAGAGACAGAUGGGUAUUUCUGCAGCAGUUCUUUCUCUAUGGACCCUGCGGAGGAGUAUAAGAUGGACCACAAGCGGCGAGGCCUGGCUCUCAUCUUCAACCAGGAGCACUUCUUCUGGCAUCUGAGGAUGCUCCCCCGCAACGGGACCAAUGCUGACCGCUACAACCUGGUCAAAAGAUUUGAGGACUUGAACUUUGAAGUGCAGGCCUUUGAUAAUCUGAAGGUGGAGGAAGUUCUGGAUAAAAUCAGUCAGGCGGCUGAGGCCAACCAUGCUGAUGCAGACUGCUUCGUGUGCGUCUUUCUGAGCCACGGAGAGAACGACCACGUCUAUGCUUACGACGACAAGAUCGCUAUCCAGGACAUCACUGCCCUGUUCAAAGGAGACAAGUGUAAGAGCCUGGUGGGCAAGCCCAAGAUCUUCAUACUACAGGCGUGCCGUGGGGACAAGCAUGACGUUCCAGUGACCCCCAUGGACGUGGUGGACAGCGAAGUGAAAACCAACGAGGUGGUGGUGGACGCUGGGGUGGUCUACACCCUCCCUGCUGGCGCUGACUUCAUCAUGUGUUACUCUGUGGCUGAAGGCUACUAUUCCCACCGCGAGACGAUCAACGGCUCCUGGUACAUCCAGGACCUGUGUGGGGCCAUGCGGAAGUUCGGGGAUUCCCUGGAGUUCACGGAGCUCCUGACCCUGGUCAACAGGAAGGUGUCCAUGAGGAGUGUCGGGAAUUGUAACGACAGGACCGCCAUCGGGAAGAAACAGGUCCCCUGCUUCGCUUCCAUGCUCACCAGGAAGCUCUACUUCCGACCCAAGAAGCAGUAAGGUUUCCAUCCACCGGACAGCUGCUACGUCAUUCCUGAAUCCUGCUGUAGUUGUUUUGAAUGUUUCUUGGGAGAAAGGUGGUCCUUGACUAUAUCUGGUGGUUACUUUUGUUAAACAUUUGUCUACAUUAUUUCGAUGUUUGUCUUGAGGACCAUGAAAUGCACAAAAUCAAGCUGUGCAUAUUCCCUUUAUUCUAAUCUUCUUUCCUAUGAUACUAAACGGAGAUCAUGUCAUUUGCUGACGAUUGUUGAUGCUGUGUUAUUUUAACACACAUUCUGUGGUGGCAAACCUGACCUAAAACAAAGCAUGUACUAUACUGGUGAAACCUGCUUGGCUGCUCGGCUUCAGGCUCUCCCUGUUGGUGUUGACUGAGGUCAUGGAAUGUACCUGCAGGGCAGGUAAAAGAGUGACAUGAGAAUGGUAAUUGAGCAUUAACAUUUCAAAUGACUUUAUUCUCAGUCUGUUUGUGGAUAGCUAUUUGUUAAGAGGGGAUUCUCAGCCAGUAAAGGAUUUUGCAUCACCAGUCCCUUUAGGCCUUUCUCGAGAGAAUACUGCUAAUUCUUAGCAUUGAGUAGUGGUUCCCUGGGCUUGAUUUGUUUACAUCAACUAUCUGUGUCAAAUAUACUAAGAAAUGUGCACAUUGUUUGAAGGAGGCAGUGGCACUGGGGUUAAAUCCCUACCUUGCAUCCAAAAGGUGUGGCUUUGAUCCUUAUCUCUUGUGCAAGUUUCUGCAACUGUCGUUGUCCGACAUAGGAAGAAACGUGCCGAUUGGGUUAAAGAAUGGGUGGCUCUGAGGUUGAAUGCCUUCCUUGCAACCAAGAGGAUGUGGAUUCAUACCACAUCAAUACUUUUGCCCUACUAAUGAAUCGCUCCCUCAGUCCCAGAGCCAUGUGAUACCUUUGGCAGUGUUGCACAUGUUGAUUACGGUUCAAACCUCACCUUAGUGCAUCUACGUUUCCAAAACUGUAUAUGUCAAACAUAUGAAGAGAUAUGUAGGAGGCUGUGGCUCUGGGGUUAAAUCCCUGCCUUACAGCCAAGAGGAUUUGGGUUCAGUUAUCGUCUACUGCACAUUUAUGCAAAUGUCAAAAUGACCAAGAUAAGUGUUAGUUCCUGAACUGGUUAUGGGGAAAUCCCUGGGGGAAAAAAAUCAACACUUAGUAUCUCUUUUGAAAUACAGGCAUCUACUUGUUUCAGGGAUUUUCUCCAUAACCACUGCUGGUUACAGGGAUGUGAACCCCAGGUAUUAACCCUCAUCAGUCCUCCAUCCACAUCUGUGCCACCGAUUGCUUCACACUUCAAAACACAUUCAUAUGAUUGACAUCAACAUUGGGGAAACAUACACUAAAUCACAAGAGUAGAGAUUUGAACCCACAACAUCUUGGUUGCAGGGCUGAGAUUUAACCCCAAAUCCUUCACACUUGAAGUGCUUCUCUUUGUAUGUUAGACAUCCACAGUUACAGAAACUGUCAAUCAAGCACAAGAUGUAUGGAUUGAACCCACAACCUCGAAGGCAGGGACCGAACCCCUUACCCACUGCCCCAUCUGGUCCUCUGUCGUCGACAAGAUGAAAAGACAGACAAUGAUGUGCCUCAUAAUAUGUUGCCUCCCCGCUUGUUCUGUCAAAAAGGGAAUUUGUGUUAUUUCUGUUUGUACUUGGAUGUGCUUAGCCUUUACAACUCAAAUGUAGUUUUCCAUGUUUUGAAAGCGGCAGGCUAAAACGUGAACAAACAACUCCAAUGUGGAAAGUACCUCGGAGUCAAGUGUCUAGUGUUUCAAUAGACGUUAAGUAAACGCUGCAAGUUUGGUCACAUGAUCUACGGUACUACUACUGACUCAGGAAAACCAAAGUCAUAUACAUUGUUUACCGCCACUAUGGUAGUGCCUUUGUUUGGUAAUCCAAAUCAAUGGCCUUUUAAUUAACUAUUUAAAAAAACAGCUUUUUACCAUUCUUUUUUGAGGGGAUUUGACAACUGUUUUCAUCACAAGAUAAGAUCACUUUAUUGGUCAAUUACACAUUCCCCCCCAUCUGGGCCGGGAUUCGAAAGCUUCUGGUUGCUGGCUCGCAUCUCUAACUUCUAGGAUACCUGCCGCCCCAAUAUUCAACAACUUUAUCAGUACCAAUCUUUUUAAAAUAGCAUUUUUGUACACCACAUGACUACAGCCAUAUUCUUCAGCCAGAAAAGAUGCACAAGUGUGCAUUAUAUAGCUCAGAUAAGACAACUCAGGGUUCCAAUCAACCGACCAUCUCAUGUUUCAAAAAAAUAAAUCAUUGUUAGUCACGUGGAGAUAUUUACUAAAGCAAUGACAAUGCACGAGGUAUUACUCAUUUGUAUGUGAACCUGAGUGCUGGACACCAAUUCAUGUUUCUAUUUCUGAAGUGUAUAAGAAAAUGAGGACCAUUUUAGUCUCCAUGGGUGAAUAUAAGGAACCAUUGCUUAGUAAGAGUAAUGUACUUUUCUUGUUAUGUGGUCCACCAGGGAAAUUUAUCUCUGACCUUUUGGGAGAUUGGGUUUGUGCUACUAGCAUUUGGAGAGGUGCGGAGGGCUCCUAUAGAAUUAGAAUCUCUCAUUUAUAAAAUGAAAGUUGUGAAACUGUUGAAAUGUGUUUGUGGUUUUGACGAUUGAAACAAAAGUCUGAAUUGAGGUGCAAUAAAAUAUCGAAAUUG